CAACGGUACUCUUACAAAUUUAGCAGGGUAUUCCCUAAAAAAGAAUGUCCUGUAUAAUCAGAGAAGAGUAACCCAAGAAUUUCUCAACCAAACAACAAAAUCCUCGAUAUUCACCUUCCAAUGCCAACGGUUUUCUUGAGAUUUUUUUAUUUUCUUCAACCUUCUUAAUUCAUAUCUUCUCUAUUUUUUCCCCAACAAGCUCAAAUCAUUUCUCUCCUCCUCUUUGUUUUCUUGUCCUAAUAUUACGAAUUCUGCACAUCAAGAACAACAACCCAUUAGUGCUGCAUUUCCUACAACCAUUGUUCAUUCAUCUUCCUGUUCUUCGGAUUCGGAACCGUCGCCUUUGGCAGUGUCUUCCAACUCAUUCACGAUUGAGAAAGACGUAGCAAUGGAUCCCGUUGAACUAAAACGGGUAUUCCAAAUGUUCGACCGCAACGGAGACGGAAGAAUCACUAAAAAAGAACUAAACGAUUCCUUAGAGAAUCUCGGUAUAUUCAUACCAGACAAAGAUUUAACUCAGAUGAUCGAAAAGAUCGAUAUAAACGGCGACGGGUGUGUUGAUAUCGAUGAGUUCGGCGCCUUAUAUCAAACGAUUAUGGACGAGAGGGAUGAAGAAGAGGAUAUGAGAGAAGCGUUUAAUGUUUUUGAUCAGAACGGUGACGGUUUUAUAACCGUGGAGGAAUUACGUUCGGUGUUGUCGUCGUUGGGACUUAAACAGGGAAGGACUGUUGAAGAUUGUAGGAGGAUGAUAAAGAAAGUUGAUGUGGAUGGUGAUGGUAUGGUUAAUUAUAAAGAGUUUAAGCAGAUGAUGAGAGGUGGUGGAUUUGCUGCUUUGAGUUGAUCAUCAACCAAAACAACAAAUUAAUGGGUUUGUAGGAAAUGUAAAUAAUUUUGGAGGGAAAGAAAAUGAGUGAAAUCAUUUCAUGAGGGGAGGGAGGAGGAGGAGGAGAGAAAAUUAAGGUUUGGAAGAGGAGUGGAAAAUGCAAUUUUUUUUAUUCCCUUUUAAUCUUAAUUUUUUUAAUUAUGGGUCUGUUUGAUAAUUAAAUUGAUUUGAUUGUUUUUAAUUUCUUGGUAUUUACAUUUAA